AUGGACUUUACACAGUCCCCUUUCCUCUGUUUUGCUGCUCUAAUUGCAGCCAUUGGAUGUAUCUCGUCGCUACUCCGUGUUUUUUUGCAAUCUGGCCGUAAAUCCGCUUUACUGCCGCCUGGCCCACCUACGGUCCCUCUUUUUGGAAAUGAGUUGCAAAUUCCUAAGACGGAUGCACAUUUUCAAUUCAUGAAGUGGGCAGAGGAAUACGGUGGCAUUUUCGCACUUAAACGUUUCAAGAAUACUACCAUCGUCAUCAGUGACCGAAAGGUUCUCAAGGAGCUCCUUGACAAGAGAAGCAACCUCUACUCCCACCGGCCUAAAUCCCUAGUUUCCCAUCUCAUCACUCACUCAGAUCAUUUGUUAGUGAUGCAGUAUGGAGACACCUGGCGGAUGCUGCGCAAAAUAAUUCAUCAGUAUUUCAUGGAGCCCAACUGUGAAAAAGAACACUGGAAAGUUCAGGAAGCCGAAGCUAACCAGAUGCUUUAUGACUUUCUCACCAAGCCGGAAGACCACAUGCUCCACCCCAAACGGUACAGUAACAGCAUUACUAACUCGUUGGUUUUCGGCAUUCGUUCGAAAACUGUGCAUGAUGAUUAUAUGGAGAAACUUUUCUUUCUGAUGGAGAAAUGGUCGUUAGUGCAGGAACUUGGGGCCACCCCUCCAGUCGAUGACUUUUGGUUGUUGCGAAAGCUUCCGCAGUGGAUGACAGGUAAUUGGAGGAAUCGAGCCAUCGAGGUGGAAAACUUGAUGCAGUCGCUGUAUUUGGCGGUUGUGGACCAGGUCAGGGAUCGUCGUGCCCGAGGCAUUAAUCGGGAUUCGUUCAUGGAUCGGGUGUUGGAUCGCAUGGAGAAGACGCCUCUCUCGGAGAGCCAGCUGCGCUUCUUGGGUGGUGUCUUGAUGGAAGGCGGAUCUGAUACCUCUUCAUCUUUGAUCCUGACUAUUAUCCAAGCCAUGACAAAGUUUCCUGCCGUUCAAGCAAGGGCCCACGCGGAGAUUGAUCGCGUGGUUGGAUCGGAACGAUCGCCUGCUUGGUCAGAUUUCGCGAAUAUGCCGUACAUCAACUGCAUCAUCAAAGAAGCGCAUCGCUGGCGCCCAGUUAGUCCUCUGGGUGUCUCGCACGCGGUGGCUCAGGACGAUUAUAUCAACGGCAUGUUCAUACCCAAAGGCGCGACCAUCGUACUAAACGUUUGGGGAAUUCACCACGACCCCAACAUUUACCCUGAUCCGGAGAAAUUCGAACCGUCCCGAUUCGAAAGCUUUCCAUCCUUGGCUCCAGCCUACACUGCCACGGGGGAGUGGGACAAGCGCGAUCAUUAUGGAUACGGAGCGGGCCGGCGCAUCUGCCCUGGGAUCCAUUUGGCGGAACGCAACCUUUUCAUUGGUGUUGCCAAGCUUUUGUGGGCGUUUGAAUUUACGCAGCCAGUGGGUAGCUAUAGUGACAUUGAUCCGGAGUCAGGCACCAGUCAGGGAUUUUUGCAUUGCCCGAAGGAGUAUGGCUGCGGGAUCCGAUUGCGGGACCCCGAGAAGAGAGAGACGAUCGAGAGGGAAUUUCGGGAAGCGCAGGAGCGAUUCGCUUGCUUUGACUAG